UCAGUGUAUGUUGGUGCACACGAGUGUGUAGUCGCGUAGUGAACUCCAGUGAAUGCAGAAUGCUACACGAAGCCUGGCCAGCCGCCUGGCACAAGACAGAGACCUUCGAGCUGGACGCCUUCAUAGCGGAGGUGAACAACAACUACAGUCUUAAAGAGGGCGAGGGCGAGCGCGGCUCGUGCGGCGAGGAGGGGUCCGCGGAGAGCCCGCCCCCGCUGGCGUCGUUCGGGUACGCCCCGCCGCUGUCGCCGUCCCACUCGCGCAGCUACCAGGAGCUGCGGCCGGCGGCGGCGCCCGCACUCGCGCGCGACAUGCAGGCCUACGCGCACCUCGAGGAGGCGCUGUUCAAGCCGGCGGCGGGCGGCGGGGUUGCAUUGUUGGACGGUAACGGAGCGAGCAAGGCGCCUAAUGAAUGCAAGCGGGUCGAGGGCGACCGCGGCGGGGCCGGGGGGUAG